AAAUUUAAAAUCUUAAAAAAUUAUCCAUAAUUAACAAAAUAUCCUUUAAAUUCCUUAAUAAUAUUCAAUUUCUAAAUAGAAUUUAUGUGUUUCGUGUACGAUAUCCUUUGUAGACAGAAAAUGAGCAAAGAUACCCUCGAUCUUUCUGGCUCUCAGAGUCCCAGGAAUAACCCAUUUGAAAAUCAAAUAGAAUUCACUAAUAUAUCCUUCAAAGAUGAUGUUGGGCCGAGUGUGGGGUCAUCCUUAGCUGCGUUAAACGAUGAAGAGUUUUUUCCUAGAGAAUCCUUAGGCAUAGUACCCAAUGCACUAUUACUAAGAGACUCUCUUACCAAUGAUUUUCUGGUUUCAAGUCUUAAAAACUUAUCAGGAUGCAGUCCCAGAGAGUCACUGGGUAUUUUGAAUCUAAGCGACUUGGAUUUAGCCGGAGAAUCGAUUGGCAUUUUUAACAUAAACAAUUACAAAAGAGAUUUAAAUGGAACUGAAGCAAGAGAUAGCUUGCCAUUCAAUACUCUACAAACCACUGUGAUUUCCGCUCAAACGCCUCAAAUAAUAGUAAAUGACACUGCACAAAGUUUUGAUUCUAUUGCAGAGCUUGAUAAAGCUUUUCUAUUGCCAAAUUCAAAAAGAUUUUCGUGCGUUUCUUCAAAUGGAUCGUCAGUGGCUUCUACAAUUCCAUCUUUUAAUUCUCUGGAUUUUGAAGAAGUUUCGAAAAUAUCUUCAAUUAGUCCAGCUAUCAAGAGUAUAGAAGUUAGUAAGGCUACAAAAGACAUUUUAAAUGAAGGAUUUGAAUUGCCACUGGAAAAUAGAAAUUAUUCAUUUUCCUCAUACAAAAGCGCCUGUUCGCACUAUUCCUUUGCCAAUGAUGUGGAAAAUAUUAGAAAUCGCAUACAAUCUCUCCCUACAAGCUUUAAAAGCCUGUCUGAAAAUACUAGCUUCGACGAAGGACUGCUUUGUAGGGGGGGCAAAGAUGACCUGGACAUGGAUGAUUCAGUAUUUUUACAAAUCAUGCCUGGGAUAAGUGCACAAACAUCGUUGAAUUUGGAUAAAUCCUUUGACAGUGAAAGAUACAUGUUGGAUUGUACUCCUCAGCCUGAUUGGCCAGAUCUAGAUUCUCCUAAAAGUAAUUCUAAUGAAAAAUCACCAGCUUUAACUAAAGAACUUGUUGCCAAAAAGGUGGAUCAGAUGUUAGGCAUGAAGCCAGUGAAUUUGGACGAGAAAUUGAAUGAAUCGCCUAAUAUGAGUCAAAACAUAAGCAAAAUAUCCAAAGCAUCUCAAUGCAGCCUUGAAGACUUGAGCAAAAUAUCACAAGUCAGCCAAGAGAAUGUAUUGAAAACAAUUUCAGAUAUGUUAAAGGAAAAGGACAAUUUAUCACAAAGACAAAAAUUGGAAGGACAAAAUGCACUACAGACUAUUGUUAAUUUAUUAAGUGAUAACACAACAAAUUCCCAAGAUUUUUCUGUGGAACAUCCUCACUCAAACAGUAACAAACAAGAUGAAGCAAUGGAUUUGUCAAUGAAAAAUAAAUCAUUUGACUCAUAUAAGUCACCAGUUUCUAAAAAUCCACCACCAUAUGGAGUUUAUAGCCCUCAUAGGUCAAUUGCAAGACCUUCAAACAACAAUUCUCAAGGCUCUAAUGGUUCAGUGAAAAAUUCUCCUCUGCGUCGUCACAGCAAUAUUUCCCAAAACAAAGUCAACCCAACUGAUAAAUUCAAAAAAUCCAAAACUCUACCAUCAAAAAGAGAGCCCCUAAGGGCAAUGUUACCAGUUGAAAAUAUGGCAAAAACCACUAAUGUACCUUCAACUCCUGAGAGGCAAGACGAAAAUAAACUCACCCUCAAAUCAAAAAAAACCAGUACUCCUUUACAAGAGCCGAAACUCAAACCUGUGGCAGCUUCUACACCAGCUUCACGCCAAUCGAAUACGUCUAAGCCAAAACUUACCAGGUCAUUUUCUUAUCAGCCAUCGAAAACUUCCUUGAGCAAACCAGCAGUGACUGACACAAGGCGAAAUUCUGUGACCGAAACCGCAAAUAAUACAAAGGGCGAUUUGGGCCCUUCUAAACUGAAACGCAGUUUCUCAAUGGGCAAAGAAUCCAGAAUUUUAUCAGCCUUGUCCAAAGCAAGGCAAAACAUUUUAAAUUCGUCCAAUAAUAAUCAAGGUAGAACGAGUGUGGAUGGUUUGGGGGAUGAUAUGAAGAAAUUUACUAUGGAAUUGAGGCCACCAAGCAGGCUGGGUCUGGCAAGGAAAGUGGGCAAAGAGAAUUUCAAACCUUAAUUUUUAUGUUUUCUUAACACUAGUUUUUGUUUGUGAUACAUUUUAUUUCGUUGAUAAGGUAUUAUAAUAUUAAUUGAAAUUUUUGACUCAAUAAUUUGUCUGGCUGAAAACUACUACUUAAUCACUAUUUUCUCUAUUAUCAUUUGCAACAUUAUAUAUUUGCUGAAAACAUUUUGUUGUUAAUUGUCACUGGCUUUCAUGCAGGUUUCCAUCUUAGUUGUCUUUUCCUUAGUUUUUUCAACAUGUCUGUUAAGAUUUUGAUCUUUUCUGAGGACAUUUCACUUCCAACCGAGCUCCCAAUUAUUCUUCUCACCGAAGUAUAUUUCUAUUCCAGCUUCACUGAGAAAAUUUGGAUUAGAUUCAAUUUCUUGGGGUUCAUUUUGCAUUAAUUUUGAUGAUUUCCAAAUCUAAUUUUAAGUAUAUCAGGAAGCUCACUAGUUAGAGGAAGAUGGAAUUGGAAAUUGAAGCUUAGUUUUGGUUUAAUGAUAAGUUUACUUCAAUUUAAUAAACAUAUUUCACACUUCGAGCCCAUUAUGAUAUUAAAAUUAAGACUGUCACAUUGGACCAAAAAACUGUGAUAAAAAUAUUGUGCCGCCCAUUACUUAUCUGCCAUUUUAUAUUUAUAUAUGGUCCGUCUUAAUGCAUAAUACAAUAAAUCUUCUAUUUUUAAUAACUUAGAAAGUUUCUAAUACAAAUAUUUUUUUAUACUGUGACUUAUUUGAUGAGAUUUGCAAGUUUUUAGGAACUUUCUAACCAAUCUGUGUACUUAUUAGGUUUAAAAAUGAAAUGGCA